CCCGCCAUUUCGGAGUCCGGACAAAAGCUUCUUCUGGAAGAAAUCCAUUUGGGCCGUAUCAAGGUAAACUUAUCUGCAUGGUGUUAUAUAUUCAAGUCAGUGAAGUCGUUAAGCAGAUAAGAUUUUUCGAAAAGUGGUUAUUCAUAUGACUUCUAAGAGGCUACCCGCUGACACUUGUGAUAGACCACUUUACAAAAUAGUGGUUGUAGGUGAUGGAGGUGUUGGAAAAUCUGCACUGACAAUCCAGUACUUCCAGAGAAUGUUUCUUGAAGAACAUGACCCUACGAUUGAGGACUCAUACAUCCAGAACGCUGAGAUCGAUAAUGAGCUGUGUAUGCUGUAUGUACUGGAUACUGCAGGACAGGAAGAGUUUAGUGCAAUGAGAGAACAGUAUAUGCGCAUAGGUCAAGGAUUUAUUAUUGUAUACUCAGUGACAGACCCUCAGAGUUUUGAAGAAGUCCAGCGAUUUCACAAAGAAAUUUCACGGUGUAAAGACUGUGGUUCUUAUCCUAUGAUAUUGGCAGCAAAUAAGAUUGAUUUGUCUCAACAACGCCAAGUUUCAGAAGAAGAGGGUAAACGUCUAGCUACUUAUCUCCAAGUUCCUUACAUUGAAACAAGUGCUAAAGAUCCUCCAGUUAAUGUAGACAAAAUGUUUCACGAUAUGGUACGAAUUAUCAGGUAUGUUAUAAUAACAGUUCAUAUUACUAUGAUAAUGAACCAGUGUUCUAUAAAUUAGUUCAGUGUCUGCACCUCAUCUUUUGUUCAACUGCGCUUCAAUUUAUUUAUUUGAACACAUAAAU